AUGGCUGAUAAAUUCCCAGAAAUUAACGAUGUUGAAGUUCAACAAGAUGAUUCUAAUGAAGAUUUCCUUUCAAGAGAACAAGAAAUAUUAGGUGAUGAUGCCGAACAAUUCAAAACUGAACAAGAUGAUGAAUACCUAAAGGAAGAUCAAGAUGAUGAAUUGAAAAAAUUCGAACAACAAUUCCCAGAUGUUGGUGAUUCAAAAGAUGAAGAAAAAGAAGUUGAACAAGAAGAAGAACAAGAAGAAGAAGAAUUUCAAGAACCUGUUUCUAAAGGACCAAAAUCUGAACCUGAAGCUGUUAAAGAAUGGAGAGAACGUUAUAAUUUAGAAAUUUCCAAGAGAGAUGAAGCUGAUGCUAAAAAAGCUGAAGAAACUAAAAAAGAAGCUGAGAAACAAUUAGAUGAUUUUUAUGAUGAUUAUAAUAAUAAAAAAGAAUCUGAUAUUGCUAAGACUAAAGAAGCUGAAAAGGAAUUUUUAUCCAAAAGAGAUGAAUUUUAUCAAAAAGGUGAUGUUUGGAGUAGAGCUUUAGAUUUAACAAAAGAUAUUAAAGGUAAUGAAAGAUUUAAAGAAUUAUUAGAAGCUAAAAAUAAAGCAACAAAAGCUUAA